CCGGUCUCCAAGGAGUCAGUGCCGGAGGUGGCGAUGGCCUUGGGCCAGGCUCUGGGCGCGGUACUGGCCCUGGCCUUGGCUAUGCUGGGGCCGCUGUCCCCUGGGGCCCUGGCGGGGGACUGCAAAGGGCAGCGGCAGGUGCUACGGGAGGCACCUGGCUUCGUGACGGAUGGUGCGGGCAACUACAGCGUCAAUGGCAACUGCGAAUGGCUUAUCGAGGCUCCAAGCCCCCAGCACCGGAUCCUACUGGACUUCCUUUUCCUGGACACAGAAUGCACAUAUGACUACCUGUUUGUGUAUGACGGUGACUCUCCCAGAGGCCCGCUGCUUGCAAGUCUGAGUGGGAGCACCCGGCCUCCACCCAUUGAGGCUUCCUCGGGCAAGAUGCUGCUGCACCUCUUCAGUGAUGCCAACUACAACCUGCUGGGCUUUAAUGCCUCCUUCCGUUUCUCCCUGUGCCCGGGGGGCUGUCAGAACCAUGGGCAGUGCCAGCCCUCUGGAGUGUGUGUCUGCGAGCCAGGCUGGGGGGGCCCUGACUGCAGCCUGCAGGAGUGUUCAGCCUACUGUGGCAGCCAUGGUACUUGUGCCUCGCCCCUGGGACCAUGCCGUUGUGAGCCUGGCUUUCUGGGACGUGCCUGUGAUCUGCACCUGUGGGAGAACCAGGGGGCUGGCUGGUGGCACAACGUGAGUGCUGGGGACCCUGCCUUCUCUGCCCGUAUUGGGGCAGCUGGUGCCUUCCUGUCCCCACCAGGGCUGCUGGCUGUUUUUGGAGGCCAAGACCUCAACAAGGCCCUGGGUGACCUCGUCCUGUACAACUUCUCUGCCAACUCCUGGGAGUGCUGGGACCUGAGUCCUGCCCCGGCUGCCCGUCACUCCCACGUGGCCGUGGCCUGGGCUGGCUCCCUGGUGCUGAUGGGUGGUGAGCUGGCUGAUGGCUCGCUUACCAAUGAUGUGUGGGCCUUCAGUCCUCUGGGUGGGGGCCGCUGGGAGCUCUUGGCGCAACCUUCCUCCAGCUCCUCUGCGCCCCCAGGCCUGGCAGGCCAUGCAGCUGCCCUGGUGGAUGACAUCUGGCUCUAUGUGUCUGGUGGCCGCACCCAGCACGACCUCUUCUCCUCUGGCCUCUUCCGUUUCCGCCUUGACAGUACCAGUGGGGGCUAUUGGGAGCAGGUGAUCCCAGCAGGUGGGCGGCCCCCUGCCGCCACUGGCCACUCCAUGGUGUUCCAUGCUCCCUCCCGUGCCCUGUUGGUUCAUGGUGGACACCGGCCCUCCACUGCCCGGUUUUCUGUGCGGGUCAACUCCACUGAGCUCUUCCAUGUGGAUCGUCGGGUGUGGACAACUCUAAAGGGUCGGGAUGGGCUUCAGGGCCCACGGGAGCGAGCCUUCCACACAGCCAGUGUCCUGGGCAACUACAUGGUGGUCUAUGGGGGCAACGUGCAUACCCAUUACCAGGAGGAAAAAUGUUAUGAAGACGGCAUCUUCUUUUACCACCUUGGCUGCCAUCAGUGGGUGUCAGGGGCUGAACUUGCCCCCCCAGGAACCCCUGAGGGCCGAGCAGCGCCUCCUAGUGGUCGGUACUCACAUGUGGCGGCAGUGCUUGGCGGCAGUGUCCUGUUGGUGGCUGGGGGGUACAGUGGCCGGCCUCGUGGGGAUUUGAUGGCCUACAAAGUGCCCCCCUUCGUGUUCCAGGCACCUGCCCUGGAUUACCACCUGGACUAUUGUUCCAUGUACACAGACCACAGCGUCUGCUCCCGAGACCCUGAAUGCAGUUGGUGUCAGGGAGCCUGCCAAGCUGCACCCCCUCCUGGGACACCCUCAGGGCCUUGUCCAGCUGCUAGCUGCUUGGGUCUGGGCCGCCUGCUGGGUGACUGCCAGGCAUGCCUGGCCUUUAGUAGUCCCACAACCCCUCCCCGGUGGCCUGGUGCCCUGGGCUGGUGUGUGCACAAUGAGAGCUGCCUCCCUCGACCUGAGCAGGCCCACUGCCGAGGGGAGCAGAUCUCAGGCACUGUGGGCUGGUGGGGGCCAGCACCUGUCUUCGUCACAUCUCUAGAGGCCUGUGUCACCCAGAGCUUCCUGCCUGGCCUGCACCUGCUCACCUUCCAGCAGCCACCCAAUGCCUCCCAGCCUGACAAGGUCUCGAUUGUCCGCAGUACAACCAUCACCCUGACCCCCAGCGCAGAGACAGAUGUAUCCCUGGUCUACCGUGGCUUCAUCCACCCGUUGCUGCCUGGAGGACCAGGUGGGCCGGGGGCUGAGGAUGUGGCAGUGUGGGCCCGGGCCCAACGCUUACACGUCCUGGCCCGGAUGGCCCGUGGCCCUGACACAGAGGACAUGGAGGAGGUAGGGCGCUGGGUGGCACAGCAGGAGAAGGAGACGAGGCGACUGCAGCGUCCAGGGUCUACUCGCCUCUUCCCACUGCCUGGGCGAGGCCACAAGUAUGCAGUGGAGAUCCGGGGCCAGCUCAAUGGCUCAGCAGGCCCUGGGCACAGUGAGCUCACUUUGCUAUGGGAUCGGACUGGUGUGCCAGGCGGCAGUGAGAUCUCCUUCUUCUUCCUGGAGCCCUACCGCUCCUCGGCCUGCGCCUCCUAUUCCUCCUGCCUGGGCUGCCUGGCAGAUCAGGGCUGUGGUUGGUGCCUGAGUAGUGCCACCUGCCACCUGCGCCAGGUUGGGGCGCACUGCGAGGAUGAUGGGUCCGGCGGGUCCCUGCUGGUGCUAGUGCCUGCCCUCUGCCCACUCUGUGAGGAGCAUCGCGACUGCCAUGCCUGCACCCAGGACCCCUUCUGUGAGUGGCAUCAGAGCACCAGCCGCAAAGGGGAUGCGGCAUGCAGUCGGCGGGGCCGGGGUCGAGGUGCCCUGAAGAGCCCAGAGGAGUGUCCCCCACUCUGCAGCCAGCGUCUGACCUGUGAGGACUGCCUGGCCAACUCCAGCCAGUGUGCCUGGUGCCAGUCUACCCACACCUGCUUCCUGUUUGCUGCCUACCUGGCCCGGUACCCACAUGGAGGCUGUCGUGGCUGGGACGACAGUGUGCACUCAGAACCAAGGUGCCGGAGCUGUGAUGGCUUCCUGACCUGCCAUGAGUGUCUGCAGAGCCACGAGUGCGGCUGGUGUGGCAAUGAGGACAACCCCACGCUGGGGCGGUGCCUACAGGGGGACUUCUCCGGGCCCUUGGGUGGGGGUAACUGCUCCCUGUGGGUGGGGGAGGGCCUGGGGCUGCCUGUGGCUCUCCCUGCCCGCUGGGCUUAUGCCCGCUGUCCAGAUGUGGAUGAAUGUCGCCUGGGCCUGGCACGGUGUCACCCGCGGGCAACCUGCUUGAACACGCCUCUCAGCUAUGAGUGUCACUGCCAGCGUGGCUACCAGGGUGAUGGCAUCACGCACUGCAACCGCACGUGCUUGGAGGACUGUGGCCAUGGUGUAUGCAGUGGACCCCCAGACUUCACCUGUGUAUGUGACCUGGGGUGGACAUCUGACUUGCCCCCACCCACGCCUGCCCCAGGGCCCCCUGCCCCUCGCUGCUCCCGAGACUGUGGCUGCAAUUUCCAUAGUCACUGCCGCAAACGGGGGCCUGGCUUCUGUGAUGAGUGCCAGGACUGGACGUGGGGGGAGCACUGUGAACGGUGCCGUCCUGGCAGCUUUGGCAAUGCCACAGGCUCAGGAGGCUGUCGGCCCUGCCAGUGCAAUGGUCAUGGGGACCCACGCCGUGGCCACUGUGACAACCUCAGCGGGCUCUGCUUCUGCCAGGACCACACAGAGGGAGCCCACUGCCAGCUUUGCUCACCAGGCUACUACGGGGACCCCCGGGCUGGUGGCUCCUGUUUCCGGGAAUGUGGGGGACGAGCUCUCCUCACCAACGUGUCCUCAGUGGCUCUGGGUUCCCGCCGGUUUGGGGGACUGCUGCCUCCAGGUGGUGGGGCUGCAAGGGCCGGGCCUGGCCUGUCCUAUUGUGUGUGGGUUGUCUCAGCCACUGAGGUGCUACAGCCCUGUGCCCCAGGGACCCUGUGUCCCCCACUCACCCUUACCUUCUCCCCUGACAGCAGCACCCCUUGCACGCUGAGCUACGUCCUGGCCUUUGAUGGAUUCCCACGCUUCCUGGACACUGGUGUUGUCCAGUCGGACCGUAGCCUCAUAGCUGCCUUCUGCGGCCAGCGGCGGGACAGGCCCCUCACUGUGCAGGCCCUGUCUGGGCUGCUUGUGCUGCACUGGGAAGCCAAUGGCUCCUCCUCCUGGGGCUUCAAUGCCUCAGUGGGCUCUGCCCGUUGUGGGUCAGGGGGCCCGGGGAGUUGCCCUGUCCCCCAGGAGUGUGUGCCCCAGGAUGGGGCUGCAGGUGCUGGGCUCUGCCGGUGUCCCCAGGGCUGGGCUGGCCCACACUGCCGCAUGGCUCUGUGUCCUGAAAACUGCAAUGCCCACACUGGGGCCGGGAUUUGUAACCAGAGCCUGGGCGUGUGCAUCUGUGCUGAGGGCUUCGGGGGCCCUGACUGUGCCACGAAGCUGGAUGGCGGGCAGCUGGUCUGGGAGACCCUCAUGGACAGCCGCCUCUCAGCUGACACUGCUAGCCGUUUCCUACACCGCCUGGGACACACUAUGGUGGAGGGACCUGAUGCCACCUUGUGGAUGUUUGGGGGCCUGGGCCUGCCCCAGGGGCUUCUGGGAAACCUGUACAGGUACUCGGUGAGUGAGCGGCGAUGGACACAGAUGCUGGCUGGAGCUGAGGAUGGAGGUCCAGGCCCAUCACCCCGCUCCUUCCACGCAGCUGCCUAUGUGCCCGCUGGGCGUGGUGCUAUGUACCUGCUUGGGGGACUCACAGCUGGGGGUGUCACCCGAGACUUCUGGGUCCUUAAUCUCACCACCCUACAGUGGCGGCAGGAGAAGGCCCCUCAGACCGUGGAGUUGCCAGCUGUUGCUGGUCAUACUCUUACUGCCCGCCGAGGCCUAUCUCUGAUCCUGGUAGGCGGUUACUCCCCUGAAAACGGUUUCAACCAGCAGUUGCUUGAGUACCAGCUGGCGACUGGCACCUGGGUGUCUGGACCCCAAAGCGGGACACCUCCAACAGGUCUCUAUGGUCAUUCUGCGGUCUACCAUGAGGCCACCGACUCCCUGUAUGUGUUUGGGGGCUUCCGCUUCCACGUGGAACUGGCAGCCCCUUCCCCAGAGCUCUACUCCCUGCACUGUCCUGACCGCACCUGGAGCCUGCUGGCCCCUUCUCAGGGGGCAAAGCCCCGUCCCCGACUUUUCCAUGCUUCGGCUCUGCUAGGGGACACUAUGGUGGUCCUCGGUGGGCGCUCAGACCCUGAUGAGUUCAGCAGCGAUGUUCUGCUCUACCAGGUCAACUGCAACGCCUGGCUUCUGCCCGACCUCACCCGCCCAGCCUCUGUGGGACCCCCAAUGGAGGAGUCUGUGGCCCACGCGGUGGCAGCAGUUGGGAGCCGCCUGUACAUCUCUGGGGGAUUUGGUGGAGUGGCCCUGGGCCGCCUACUGGCACUGGCCCUGCCCCCUGACCCCUGUCGCCUAAUGUCCUCACCUGAAGUUUGUAACCAGACUGGAGCCUGCUCUUGGUGUCAUGGGGCCUGCCUUUCCGGGGACCAGGCCCACAGGUUAGGCUGUGGGGGUGCCCCUUGCUCCCCAAUGCCUCGAUCCCCAGAGGAAUGUCGACGACUCCGGACCUGCAGUGAGUGCCUGGCCCGCCAUCCCCGCACCCUACAGCCUGGAGAUGGAGAGGCAUCAGCCCCCCGCUGUAAGUGGUGUACCAACUGCCCCGAGGGUGCCUGCAUUGGGCGCAAUGGGUCCUGCACCUCAGAGAAUGACUGUCGCAUCAACCAGCGAGAGGUCUUCUGGGCCGGAAACUGCUCAGAGGCGGCGUGCGGGGCUGCUGACUGUGAGCAGUGCACCAGGGAGGGCAAGUGCAUGUGGACACGGCAGUUCAAGAGGACAGGGGAGACACGCCGCAUCCUCUCAGUGCAGCCCACCUACGACUGGACAUGCUUCAGCCACUCUCUGCUCAAUGUGUCUCCAAUGCCCGUGGAAUCAUCACCCCCACUGCCCUGCCCCACCCCCUGUCACCUCCUGCCCAACUGUACCUCGUGCCUGGACUCCAAGGGUGCCGAUGGGGGCUGGCAGCACUGUGUCUGGAGCAGCAGCCUCCAACAGUGUCUGAGCCCUUCCUACCUGCCUCUGAGAUGUAUGGCUGGAGGCUGCGGGCGGCUGCUCCGGGGCCCCGAGAGCUGCUCCCUGGGCUGUGCGCAGGCAACCCAGUGUGCCCUGUGUCUGCGGCGCCCUCACUGUGGCUGGUGUGCCUGGGGGGGCCAGGAUGGGGGUGGCCGCUGCAUGGAGGGUGGACUCAGCGGCCCCCGUGACGGGCUGACAUGUGGGCGUCCUGCGGCAUCCUGGGCCUUCCUGUCCUGCCCCCCUGAGGACGAGUGUGCAAAUGGGCACCAUGACUGCAAUGAGACCCAGAAUUGCCAUGACCAGCCCCACGGCUAUGAAUGCAGCUGCAAGACGGGCUACACCAUGGACAAUGUGACAGGCCUGUGCCGCCCUGUGUGCGCCCAGGGUUGUGUGAAUGGCUCGUGCGUGGAACCUGACCACUGCCGCUGCCACUUCGGCUUUGUUGGCCGCAACUGUUCCACAGAGUGUCGCUGCAACCGCCACAGUGAGUGCGCGGGCGUGGGGGCCCGCGACCACUGCCUGCUCUGCCGCAACCACACCAAGGGCAGCCACUGUGAGCAGUGCCUCCCGCUGUUCGUGGGCUCAGCCGUGGGGGGCGGCACCUGCCGGCCCUGCCAUGCCUUCUGUCGUGGUAAUAGCCACGUCUGCGUCUCCAGGAAGGAGCUUGAGAUGGCCAGGAGGGAGCCAGAAAAGUACUCCCUGGAUCCAGAGGAGAUUGAAAACUGGGUGACAGAGGGUCCUAGUGAAGACGAAGCUGUAUGUGUGAACUGCCAGAAUAACAGCUAUGGGGACAAAUGCGAGAGCUGCCUCCACGGCUACUUCCUCCUGGAUGGCAAAUGCACCAAAUGCCAGUGCAAUGGCCACGCAGACACCUGUAAUGAGCAGGACGGGACGGGCUGCCCCUGCCAGAAUAACACAGAGACUGGCACGUGCCAGGGCAGCUCCCCCAGUGAUCGCCGAGACUGCUACAAGUACCAGUGCGCCAAAUGCCGGGAGUCUUUCCACGGGAGCCCUCUGGGCGGCCAGCAGUGCUACCGUCUCAUCUCGGUGGAGCAGGAGUGCUGCCUGGACCCCACCUCCCAGACCAACUGCUUCCAUGAACCCAAGCGCCGGGCCCUGGGCCCUGGGCGCACUGUACUCUUUGGCGUGCAGCCCAAGUUCACCAACGUGGACAUUCGCCUGACGCUGGAUGUGACCUUUGGUGCCGUGGACCUCUACGUCUCCACCUCUUAUGACACCUUUGUGGUCCGUGUGGCCCCUGACACCGGCGUCCACACCGUGCAUAUCCAGCCCCCACCACCUCCACCCCCACCCCCGCCUCCUGCUGAUGGCGGGCCACGGGGGGCUGGAGAGGCAGGUGGACCAGGGGUUGGUAGUGGGUCGGGCCCCCCGGCAGAGCCACGGGUUCGGGAGGUGUGGCCACGGGGCCUGAUUACAUACGUGACAGUGACGGAGCCAUCGGCAGUAUUGGUGGUGCGCAGUGUGCGGGACCGGCUAGUCAUCACCUACCCACAUGAACACCACGCUCUCAAGUCAAGCCGCUUCUACCUGCUGUUGCUGGGUGUGGGAGACCCAAGUGGGCCAGGCACCAAUGGCUCAGCUGACUCGCAAGGCCUGCUCUUCUUCCGGCAGGACCAGGCCCACAUCGAUCUGUUUGUCUUCUUCUCUGUGUUCUUCUCCUGCUUCUUCCUCUUCCUGUCACUUUGUGUGCUCCUCUGGAAAGCCAAGCAGGCCCUGGACCAGCGACAGGAGCAGCGCCGGCACUUGCAGGAGAUGACCAAGAUGGCCAGCCGCCCCUUUGCCAAAGUCACCGUCUGCUUCCCACCAGAUCCUACUGCCCCAGCCCCUGCCUGGAAGCCACCUGGGCUCCCUCCACCUGCCUUUCGCCGCUCUGAGCCCUUCCUGGCACCCCUGUUGCUGACAGGGACUGGUGGCCCCUGGGGACCCAUGGGAGGAGGCUGUUGCCCACCAGCCAUCCCUUCCACCACCGCUGGCCUGCGAGCUGGACCUAUCACCCUGGAGCCCACAGAAGAUGGCAUGGCUGGUGUGGCCACACUGCUACUCCAGCUGCCUGGUGGGCCCCACGCGCCCAAUGGUGCCUGCCUAGGGUCAGCCCUUGUCACGCUGCGGCAUAGGCUGCAUGAGUACUGUGGAGGUGGCGGGGGUGCUGGGGGCAGUGGGCAUGGAGCUGGUGCAGGCCGGAAGGGACUGUUGAGCCAGGACAACCUCACCAGCAUGUCCCUCUGACCUGCCAAGGGUCCUCAGCCACAGCAACCGAGUCACUUGAUGGGACCACCCUGGGCUGGGAACCCUUGGACACUGUCUCCUGAGAGACCACUGGUUCCCUCCCCUCCCCCCAGGGUCUCCUUUGUUCUGCAUUCAGCAACUAUUUAUUGAGUACCUACUUUGUGCCAGGCACUGCUGUAGGCACAGAGCAAAGCAGGAAAUGAGAGGAUUCCUUGACCUUAUCUGGGUUCUAGUGAAGGGAGACAAUCACACAUACACACACACAGCAGGGUGGUUCCAGAGAAGGACCAGUGCUGUGAGGUCUCGCAGGCUGUGGCAGUGUGGGACUGGUGUAGUCGAUUGUGUAUUCAGAGAAGCUAGACUGAGGAGCACAGGAUGUGGCCAUGGGAAGAGCUUCAGGAAACAUCUUCCAGACAGAGGCAAAAAAAAAAAAAAGGCCAGGAGGUGGGGAUCAGCUUAUUUUAUUGGAAGGCCUAGAAAACUGGCCAUUAUGACCCAGAUCAAGUGUCAAGAGAUGAAAUUAAGGACAGGUUGGAUGUUCUGGUCCCAGGUAGGUUUUUGGUUUUAUUCUCAGGGUAACGGAAAGCUGUUGGAGGGUUUGGGGGUGGUGACAGGAUCCAUGACUGUUGAAGCAGUUGUUUAGCUGAGGUGUGGAGAAUGGAUUCGAGCAGGGGGAGAAGGGAUGGCGGUGAGUGGAUCAGGGUGGUGGCAGUGGUGGGGAGAGUCAGGGCCAAGUGUAAGAUAAGUGUAGAAAGGUUGCAGUGGUAUGGAGGUCAGGGUAGGAAGGGAGCACGUUCUGGGUGACCCUAACUAGCCUGAACCACAGGAGGAGAGUGGGUUCCUUUGUUAAGAUGGGGAAAAUGGGGCUUGUGGAGAAGAUAAAGGGUCCAGGAUUUAGAGAUGAAGAUAUAGCCCAGUGGCAGCACUUUUCUAACCACAGGGCUCUGGGCUCACUCCCCAGUACCACACACAAGCCCAAGUUUUGAUGUGAGAUGCAUUUGACAUCAACUUCGGUCAGGUCCAGGUGGGCAUACAGAAACCAGCAAGAGUGUUUCAGCAGAAGGAAUUGAGUAGUGGGAACUGGUGGUGCUGCUGAGAGCAGCGGCUGAGAACAGGUGGGACCAUGAGGUGGCCCAGCAGUGUACAAGAGCAGGAAGCAGUUCCUACCCCCUUGGGCUGGAGGGACAAAGCUGAGUGGUAACAUUACCUGACCUGGGACCAGGGUCACCUGGUGAAACCAGAAAGAUGGGCCAGUGGAAGGGAGCCUCAGAAGGGACAACCCCUGCCUGAGAUGCCCCCCAGGUGGGCGUGGGUGUUGGUGAAGGCAAGGGCACCAAGGUUGGAGAGGGACUUAGUGGAGUGAUCGCCCUGCAGCUCUUCCAGACAGUGUUGCCUUGACAACUUUGGAGCACUCCUCAGGGGCCACCCUUACCUGAGCCCCGCCUUGGACUUCUGAGCUCCUCUACCCCUUGAAGGCCAUUUCUAACCAUCUUCCUGAACUUGGGACUCUCCCCCAAGACUCCAACCCCUGUUUGCUGUUUUGGUCCUUGUGUGACUGGGACCACGUCCCCUUGCUGUGGGGUCUGCAGUCUGAGAGACCCCCCCCCAUGUUACGUGCAUGUCAGAGGCAGCAGGGACCACCUCAUCUGAAGAGGAGGGGAGCUACUGAAUCAACAAAUAAAGAGUGUGGGGGACGA